AUGUCAAAUAAUCAAAACAAUAGUUCAAAUCUUAAAAGUUAGUUGAAAGUAUCAUCAUUAUCAUAAGAAAAAGAGGAGGCCUAAGAAACACUUGAAAGUAUUUGAAGAUAGUUAUUGAUAAUAGUCAUACAUGAAAUGUCUUAGAUUUUAAAUUGUGGAUUGGAUAGAUAAUAAUUAGCUAUUUUAGUUAGUAUGAUAGAAAAUGGUGUUAAUCCUGAAGCUUUGGCCUUAGUAGUGAAUGAAAUGAAAUCUGAAUUAAAUACCUAUAAAAAAAUUCAUAAAUAAUGA